AUGAUGUGGCAGAUGUGGCGGGUGGCGGUGGCGGCGUUGUUGGUGGCGGCGGCGUGCGCGCAGGCGGCGGAGACGUGGCGGGAGUAUCAGGCUCGUGUGUCCAAGACCGCCACCAAGAAAAAGCCCGCCACACCCGUCGAGAUGACGCCAAAAAUGCAAGAGCUUCACGGAAGACAAAAGCGAACUAUAUCUUUCCCAACCGGGUCUACUUUUGUCAUCACUCCCAUCCUGUGUGUCCCUGUCUUCAGUAUGGGAGAUAUCGCUGGAGUGCUGGACGUGGAGCUUCCCUUCACCAUAAAGCUGCCCAACACCACAGACGUCAGCGGCUUGGGACGCAGCAACGACAGGCUGGGCAUCUACUCCUUGCUCGAGGAGUCCAUCGAAAGUUCCGUGUAG